UAUAGAAUUCUAAAUAAUGGCAGAAUAUUGCCCUGAUGAAAAAUGCAUGUAGGCUAUACUUCGUCCAGGGUUAUUACCAAAUGUAAUGAUUUGUGUCCAUAAUAAAGAAGGAUAAUGCUAAAAGCAGUGUUCACAUAUAAAGAGGGAACGGUGGAGGGGAGGGCGAACUAGUGAGCGGAGAUAUAAGAGUUCGGGUUGUUGGCUGGGGCAGUUGUCGAGAGGUAGGCUAAUGCAAUUGUGUUACAAACCGAAAAAAAUAUGAAAUUCGCCGUCGCAGCUGCCGAAACAACGGUAGCAUGGUAGCUUUGGACUGGGGUUUGCAAGACGAGCACCGAUAUCUACACAUUACUGCACUUUUAACACCGAAUUACUUAUCCCCCUGAUCGAGUCGGGUAAACCACCGUCCGAGAUGGGGAAGGAGGUUAAUGGUGUUUCGCGGAGCCGGUUUGAGAUGUUCUCAAACAGCGACGAGGCCGUCAUCAAUAAGAAGCUGCCCAAGGAGCUGUUGCUACGAAUCUUCUCCUUUCUGGAUGUGGUGACACUCUGUCGCUGUGCCCAGGUCUCACGGUCGUGGAAUGUGCUCGCCCUGGACGGCAGUAAUUGGCAGAGGAUUGACCUUUUCGACUUUCAGAGAGAUAUUGAGGGGCGAGUGGUGGAGAACAUCUCGAAACGAUGUGGGGGAUUCCUGAGGAAGUUGAGUCUGCGGGGCUGUCUGGGGGUGGGGGACAGCGCUCUGAGAACCUUCUCCCAGAACUGCAGGAAUAUUGAGCUGCUUAGUUUGAAUGGCUGCACCAAGAUAACUGACAGCACAUGUAAUAGCCUAAGUAAGUUCUGUCCCAAGCUCAAGCACUUGGACCUCGCCUCCUGUACCUCAAUCACCAACCUGUCACUCAAAGCACUCAGCGAGGGCUGUCCUCUGUUAGAGCAGCUUAACAUCUCGUGGUGUGACCAGGUGACUAAGGAUGGCAUCCAGGCCUUGGUACGAUGCUGUCCCGGACUCAAAGGCCUUUUCCUCAAGGGCUGCACACAGUUGGAGGAUGAAGCACUGAAGCACAUUGGUGCACACUGUCCAGAGCUGGUCACUCUCAACUUACAGACGUGUUCGCAGAUCACAGACGAAGGUCUCAUUACUAUAUGCCGGGGCAGUCACCAUCUGCAGUCGCUGUGUGUCUCAGGUUGUGCCAACAUCACAGACGCCAUCCUCCACGCCUUGGGACUGAACUGCCCGCGCCUCAGAAUAUUAGAGGUGGCUCGCUGCUCUCAGCUCACAGAUGUGGGCUUCACUACACUAGCAAGGAAUUGUCAUGAGCUGGAAAAAAUGGACCUGGAAGAGUGUGUGCAGAUCACGGACGGCACACUUAUCCAGUUGUCCAUCCACUGCCCUCGUCUGCAAGUUCUGAGCCUGUCUCACUGUGAGCUGAUUACUGACGAUGGCAUCAGACAUCUGGGAAGCGGGCCCUGUGCCCACGACCGGCUGGAGGUGAUCGAGCUGGACAACUGCCCCCUGAUCACGGACGCCUCGCUGGAGCACCUGAAGACCUGCCACAGCCUGGACCGCAUCGAGCUCUACGACUGCCAGCAGAUCACCCGCGCAGGCAUUAAGAGACUAAGGACCCAUCUACCUAACAUCAAAGUGCACGCGUAUUUCGCCCCCGUCACCCCACCCCCCUCGGUUGGGGGGAGUCGCCAGAGAUUCUGUCGCUGCUGUAUCCUGCUAUGAUGUGAAGACCGCGCCCCCACCCCCCCCUCAGCCCAACUUCUGCCCCUCCACCCAACCUGGCUCGGCCUGCUCCGAUCCGGCCUCAAGGUAUACAUGCUGGUGUGCCUCCCUGAUUGGAGCUGCAGAGAGAGGGAGAGAGCCCAAACACCACAGGGUCUGGGAAGAACCUUCCCAAUGACAUUACCAAACCCACUCACAACGGCCUUUGUCAAACACACAAAUAAACACACACACAUCACCACAGAUGAACAUCAGUACAUUCCCUGCUGUCCCCAGGCCCAUGUUCUAAAGACCAUCCAGCAUUGCAGGGAGGAUUACAUAAUAGAACCACUGCUGUUUACAGAUUAGGCUCCUAAUACACUGUAUGGACUACAUGAAGGUAGGGCACACUUGAUACGAGGUUCCCUAUGGACUACUAUGACCUUUUACUAAAGGAUCAGGAAGAUGGGUUUGGAUAAGAAACUCACAUCCAAUGUGGGUGUUGGGAGGAUAACCAGAAACAUGGCUAGAGCUACUAUGGGAAAAUUGGUUUGGUAGAAAUGCCCUCAGAAUCUUUCAACGACUGUCAAGCUACCUCUAGACAUAACUGCACUUCAACGUGAGUAGCACUUUGUUAGCCUCUGGUUCCAGACUGCCCACUCCCAACCAAACUUUUU